UUCUAUAUGUUCCCCUAUGCAAUUUGGCGGCAAUUCACUUUAGUCUUUGUCCCGGUUAAGAUGGUUUGUAACAUCGAUUCCGUUGCUUGAAAAGGAAGUAUAUUUUCGUUAAUCCCGAAACGCGUCUGAAGAUUUUGUUCGAGACAUUCGCCUUGUGAUCCCGUUUAAAGAUCUCGCACUGCAAUUGACUGCAACAAUGGAACAAGCUACUCCUAAAGCCAUACAUUGUUACGACUCGAAUACGAUUUAUCCAGAAAACAAUAAUUGUUCAUCUUUCCUCGCAGAUGAUACAUUGAUUGCGCCCAGUGAUGUUAAGUUCAAAGACUCUCCAUUAUAUGAAAAAAAAAUUUCAAAAAAACGAAAUGUUAAUCUUGAGGCUAAGCUAGAGAAACAGCUUGAGGAAGCGGAAUAUAUCAAAGAGGCUAACAACCGAAGAUACAAGCAACUAAUGCACUUAGUAAAUAUGAGCAAGUUUUAUUCAUCCUAUCUACUAAAAAAAAUUGAAGAUGACAAAAAUAAGAAAAACAAGACUACUUCAAAAAGAAAGUCCAAGAAAGCCAUUGGUCAUCCUUUGGUUAACAAUGAAAAUAUACCACCAAGUAAAAGGCUGAAGGGAGUUAACAAAGAAAAUUAUAGCAUACAAAAACAUACAUCUACAGAGAUAAAGAAACAAGCACAGAUUACAGAAAAGAAGAUUCUGAACGAGGAUGAGAUCGAGGUGGAAUUAUCUGCAGAUUCAGAUACUGAAGUGGAUUUGAAAGUAAUUGCCGAAACCAAUACUGACUUUAUUAAACCAAAAUACUUUUGCGGUGAGCUGUACAAUUAUCAAAAAAUAGGCUUAGAAUGGUUGAAACGGCUUUACGACAACGCACUGAACGGAAUAUUGGCGGACGAAAUGGGACUUGGGAAAACGGUACAAGUGAUAUCCUUGAUAUGUCAUCUUAUAGAGAAGAAACAACCAGGACCUUAUUUAAUAAUCGCACCUCUUUCCACUUUACCAAAUUGGAUCGCAGAAUUUGAAAGAUUUGCUCCCGCCAUACCAAUCGUUUUUUUCUAUGGUUCGAAGGAAGAAAGAGAACAAAAUCUAUACAAAAAAAUUAAACAAAAGUACCAUGUUGCAAAUGAAUACUGGACACAGCCUGUUGUACUCACUACAUAUGAAGUACCACUAAAUGAAGCUAAUUUUCUUCGUACUCAACACUGGAGAUACAUCGUAGUAGAUGAAGGACAAAGAAUUAAAAAUUAUAAUUGUCAAUUAAUCAAAGUAUUGAAAAAUCUACGAUCUGUGAACAGGCUAAUAUUAACUGGAACUCCACUUCAGAAUGAUCUAACUGAAUUAUGGUCUCUUUUGAAUUUCUUAAAUCCAGAAAUCUUUGACAAUUUGGAUACAUUUGAAUCAUGGUUCGAUGUUAAUGAACUUCAGCAUCAGGAUGGCACUGAAAAAGUUUUGAAACAGGAAGAAGAGAAACAGGUGUUAUUGUCGUUACGCGAGAUUUUAAAACCAUUUAUGUUAAGACGGUUGAAAAUUGACGUUUGUAAAGAGAUACCGCCUAAGAAAGAAUUAAUUGUCUAUGCGCCGCUCACGGAAUUGCAACAUGAUUUGUAUCAGGCAGUACUAAACUAUGACAUAGAAAUGCUAUGCAAAAUCGAGAAAGAAGAAGAGAUACUAGAUGUAGAUGGUGUAAGACCGAAAAGACAGUGUGUUUUGAGACAGUAUCAAAAGAAGUACGGAGAGAACAAAGCAUCGAAUGCUUCAUUACAAGAGAUCGAAAAUAAUAAUGAUUGGAAACUGACUGCAUCCAAGGCGAGCGAAAUAAUGAAAUGGAAACAAUAUGCUGACAUUACAGACCGUAAUAGAGAUUUCUUUAUUGAAGUUAAGACUCAAAAUAGAUUUAUGCUGUAUAAAAGAAUCGUCAAUCAUCCGCAUUUGGUUCAUUGUCCAUUGGAUGACGUUGGUUUACCGAAAGUUGAUGAUGAUUUGAUCAAAUCCUCUGGCAAGCUUUUAGUAUUGGACGCUAUGCUGGCGAAACUUAAAGUGCAGGGUCACAAAGUUUUAUUAUUUUCGACUAUGACUAUGAUUUUAGACUUGAUUGAGGAUUAUCUCACGUUACGAGAUUACAAUUAUGUGAGAUUAGACGGUAGUACUGCAAUUGAAACGAGAAAAAAAAAUAUUAAUAAAUUUAAUAAUGAUCCGGAUACAUUUUUAUUCCUCAUAUCGACAAGGUCCGGUGGGGUUGGAUUAAACUUAAUGAGUGCCGAUACUGUUAUCAUAUACGACAGUGAUUGGAAUCCACAAGCGGACAUACAAGCUAUGGCUCGAUGUCAUAGAAUAGGCCAAACAAAACCCGUAGUCGUCUACAGAUUAUGUACUAGAGGAACAAUUGAUGAAGCGAUUAUUAAGCGAGCCGAGGGCAAACGUAUUUUGGAAAAAAUGGUUAUCUCCAAAGAAUUGAAAAAUCUUACUAGAGAAACUUUGUCCGAGUUGAAAAAGCUGAUGGAAAGUAAAGAGUACAAAGUUGUUAGAUCUGAAAAGGAAGUUUUUACAGAGAUGGAGCUAAAUAAAUUGUUAGACAGAAGUGAUAUGAUAAUUAAUAAUAAUGACAAUUUACAAGGAUAAAUAAAGACUACCAUAAAUAUAAAUCAUGCAUGUACGACAUUGUCUCAAAAGUACAAAAUCGUCAGACAAGAAAAUGAUUAUAUUACUUAUAAAUAUGAAAUGGCUUCUAAUAUAUGUUAGUAACGAUUAUAAUAUGAACAAUAAUUAAUAUAAAAAUCAGUUUGUUAUUUGACUUUUCAAAAAAUACAUGAAAUAAAAAUAAAAAUCACUUAUCUUA